AUGUUGUUGAUCAAAUUUGCUUAUUUUUGCAAGAAUUGAUAUUGGUAAAUUAGCUACAUCGUUGAAGUCAUUCACUUGUGUCUGAAAUAUCCAAAAUUUGAAUGCGUUGUACCUCUAUGAGCAUGAUAAUUUUCAGUGUAUGAAUGUUUUUGGUACUAAUCUUACCUGGGUAAUUUCAAUUUCUAUUGAUUAAAGCCAUUGGUAGUGAUAUUAUGGUCAUAAAUCAUGUUUUUCAAUAUUUUUGAGAAUUUCGUUAAACUUGGAUUCCUAGUACUGCACCUGAACAGUUACGGAUCGUGCCAUUUGAAAUACUGGAAUAGGAAUGAAUGAUUUCUGGAUAUCUGAUUUUGGGAAAUGGAUAUCCUAUUUCUACAAAUUGGUAUCGUCUUUCUGUGAAUAGGGACGAGAAAAUGGAAGAAAGGCUCAACCAAAACUGUAGUAGUAAGGAGGAGGAAGAAGGUAUCACAACAACAAGGAUAUUUGUGGGAGGAUUGGGAGAAACUGUGACCAGCGAUGAUAUUAACAAGAUGUUGUCAUCUUUGGGAACGGUUAAGGUAGUGGAUAUUAUGAGGACCAAAGGUCGUAGCUUUGCUUACUUGGACUUCCUUCCCUCAUCCGCAAAAUCUCUUUCCAAACUCUUCAGCACGUAUAAUGGGUGCUUCUGGAAGGGAGGGAGGUUGAAACUUGAAAAGGCUAAAGAACAUUAUCUUGUUCGCUUGAGUCGGGAGUGGGCUGAAGAUGGUGAACUUGCAAUUAGUCAACCUAGUAAUAGUAUUGAUAAAAAUACAAAUAUCGUCGCUUCAGAUAAGCUCAAGAAAACUGUGAAUCAAGAAAAGUCUCAGCUGCGGAUUUUCUUUCCCAAGUUGAGAAAGAUGAAGUCAUUACCUUUUAGUGGAACUGGCAAGCACAAAUAUAGUUUCCAACGCAUUGAAGUUCCUUCUCUCCCAACCCAUUUCUGUGAUUGUGAGGAGCACUCUGGUCCUCCUCACAUUGCUCAAAAACAAUACUUUUGUGAUCCAGAGUCACAAAGUGGUGGGAUGAACAAGGAUGAGCUUAAUGUGAUGAACUCAGUAAUGAACAAGAUCUUUGAGAGGGAAACUGAUUUAAAGGUGGCAUAUAAUGUGACUGGACUGACCAAGGGAGGACAUGAUUCCCUCAAAUCAACUAAUGAACGGCUAAUUGAUGACAAUGAAUCAGAUCAUGCAGCAGACGAGGAUGAACUGCGAGUUGAUGGCAAUGAAUCAGAUCUUGUAGAAGAUGAGGAUAACCUUGUAAUUAACAUGUUCACUGGGAGACACAGAAUGGCUUUGCUAGGGAGCCAGGAACAGGAAGCAAUAUCAAUGAAUCAGAAGUCAAGAUUCAAUGAUACCUGGACAUCGACAGAUGGGCCAGCCCCGAUUACUUUACCUUCUACCAAGAAGAGGAAAUCACUUCAUAUUGAUGAGAGUGAUGGAAAUGAAUUUUUGUCUGCCAUCCCUGGAAAGAAGCCAAGCUUGCAAACCCAUUCAAAUGAUUCAGGAGUACAAUCGGGUGCACAAACUAGUGAACUGAGACCAGGCAUCCAGAAAACAACUGCCAAUCUUUCAUGGUCUCAGAAAUCUUCAUGGAGAGAACUUGUUGGUGAUAAGGGCAACAAUCCGUUCAUCAUCUCAGACAUGCUGCCAGGUGUUGGUUCAAGAAAACAAGAGCAGGUGAAGUCUGAUGGUCGAAAUGUGCAUGAUAUUAUUGACAGCAAAAAGCAAAACCUAGUAAACUAUGAAAACUUGGAAGCCCAAUCUGGAAAAUUGAAAGGGCUGGAGGGCCUCGCAGAAGCUCAGCCUCCCAUACCUGAUGGAGUUGUAAAAAGUUCUGGUAGAGGUGCUUCAUGGCUCCAGAAAUCCUCAUGGACGCAACUUGUUAGUGAGGCUAAUACUAGUUCAUUCAGCAUCUCACAAAUUCUGCCUGGGAUUCCUUUGGAAAAACAAAAGCUACCAAAAUUCUCUGAUGUGGACCUUGCAGUUUCCAGUGGUAGCAAGCACCAUGAUCAGGUGAAGCCGCAUACAAGUGAGACUAUAAGAGAUGGAAAUGAAAAAUUGGAAGUUGGAAAAGGAUUCACUACUACUAGUAGCUCUGAUAUGGUAGCUUUGGAUGAAGAACAUAAUUUUGUUGAUCUGGAUGUUGAGAAGAGUACACCAGAAAAAGGUGUGCAGAUGAUAGGCAAUAAUGAAGUUUCUGCUCGAACACUUAGGAAGAAACCUCACAUAGGCCCCAAGCAAACAUCUAUCAAGGAUGUUAAAAUUGGUGAAACAUGCUCUUUCAUGAGAACUGCUGCUUCUGUGAAAGAAUGGAGUAAAACUAAAGCAGCUCUAAGUGGGUCGCUGAAGAAAAAAAAUAAUGAGAAUGCUAUGAACUCCUGAGAUAUGUUUAAAGUAACAUUGAUAAGUUAGUGCAGCUUCAAAAUUAUUUAGCACGGUUAGAGGCCAUGAGACAAAAAUACCUCUUCAACCAAGUUUGAACAACAAGGUCUGUUUGACUAAAAUAGGGGAUCAUUUGAGCUGGCAAAGGUUGUGGAAAUGCAGCGUGAUGUGAACUCUUCAUGUUGUAAUUUUAAUCUCUUUAUUUGGAUCCAAUUUAAGAUGCAAGCUAUUAGUAUUAGUACAUCACUAUGAACUAGUUCUUAUGGUCUAUUUUUUUAUGUUAUUAACAUUUGAUCAA